AUGUCAUCAUUGCUACACGUCUUUGCUCAGGACGAAGCCCCGCUGCCCACCACCGCCGCCUGCACCGCCACCCGCGCGCGGGCCGCCGCCGCCAUCAUCGCACUGGGCCUGCCCUACUCGGACACCACCUUCAAGCCUGUCUUCGCGCGAGGCAGCUGCCCCGCCUUCUUGGCGCCCACCGCCGCCGCGCUCGCCGCCGCCGAACUGGCCGCGUCCGUGCGCGCCGCCACCGGGCGCGACGUGCAGUGCUCGCUGGGCCGCGGCCGGCGCUCCGCGGCCGCCGCGCCCCAAUCGCCGCCGCCCCCGCCUGAGCCCGUCGUCUUCAACGUGAUGGCGGUCGGCGGCAACGGGCUGGGCAAAUCCACGCUGCUGCACGCCAUGUUCGCCCACGAGGAGUUCUCGGAGCGCUAUCCGGGGCUGUUUCCGCGCACGAAGCGGACGGUGCAGGUGCGGAGCAGCCACGUGCUGGCGGAGGCGGCCGGCCGCCCGCUGCACCUCACGCUGGUCGACACGCCGGGCCUCGGCGACGCCGCCGACCACGCCAGGCGCUUCGCCGACAUCCUCGCCUACAUCGACGACUGCUACUGCGACUACUUCAACCAAGACACAGACGCCCACACGAGGUCUCGCUCCGAUCGUAGGAUUCAUUGCUGCCUGUACUUCAUCGAACCCACCGGCCACGACUUGCAGCCCUUCGAUGUCGAAUGCAUGAAGGAGCUUCAAGAUAGAGUCAACGUCAUACCGGUCAUUGCGAAAGCCGAUACGAUGAGUACUUAUGAAUGCUAUCGAUUCAAAAGGCGACUCCUCCGAGAAAUUGCGGAACAGCAAAUUGACGUCUAUGAUUUUCCGGAGGUGAACCCUCAAGAAGAACAGCUGAGAGCGCUCAAAGAGCGACUCCCGUUUGCCGUCGUGGGAUUCAACUCAGAGUUGCAUGAAUACGGCCGGAAGAUGAUGGCUCGCAGGUACCCAUGGGGAAUCGCCGAGGUCGAGACACUGGAGCACAAUGAUUUCUCUCUAUUAAGGAAGGUUUUGCUGCAAAUCCACUUGUGCAAUCUCAAAGAAGCAACCGAAGUGCAUUAUGAGAAUUAUCGCUGCAGGACACUCACUCCCCUUUCUUUUGAUGACUUUGAAAACUUAGACGAUUCCAAAAUGGAGAACAACAGAUAUUAUAUCACCUUUAAACCUUCUAUUUCGAGCAGCAUUGCUGAUACUUUAACUUCGUUAAAUGCUGUCUCCUCAUCAUCCUCAAGCAAAUAA